AUGGUUAUACUUUCUUCUUCACGACUAUUACAAGAAAAGGAAAAUAAAUUAAAAUAUAAACUUUGGGAUUUAGGAGUGCGUAAAGAGUACAUUGAAGUUAAUGAUCCAGGAGUUGUUACGAAUCUUUCAUCACGUGUUCUAUCUGAUGAAGAAAUUCAAUGUCUUGCUAAUGGAUUAGAUGAUGGUUUAAUUCCUAAACGUAUCGAUCGACUCAAUAUAGCAAGUAACGUUGAACAAUUUUACCAUCGAGUUACUGAUAUUACUCAGCAUCACAAGGAAUUUAUGAACGAGCUGAAGGAGCAUGGAGGUAUUGUGAAUACUGAUGUUCGUGUUUUGAAUCCAAAAGAACUUACACUGGUCUCUGAUUUACGUUCCCUAACUCAAUCAUUUCUGCACAAGGCUGAUCAAUUUCGACAACAAAAUCUCAAAAUCGAGUCGAAAGAACAGAAUUAUCGCACGAUCCUCAAGAAUUUAAGAGAAGAUAAUUCAAUCGUUAUUACUCGUCCAGAUAAAGGAAGAGGAAUUGUAUUGAUGGAUAGACAGGAACGACAACUGCACAUUAAAAACUCAUCUCCUACUGCUGUUGUACCAGAACUUAAUAACGGUAUCGUAGUACUUCGAGUACCAUAUUUUGGUACUGAAUCUCGAGUAUAUGGAAAACGUGUAACAUCUGCAGUUGCUAAACAACAUCCCCUUAAAAAAGUGCGCGUCAUCUAUGAUAUAGCAGACCGUAUCGGGAAAGGUUUUAAAUUAAAAGAUUAUCUUACCGAUGAAUUAAAAUCUGGUAUUGUGUAUGAAGCCACUUGUUCCCAAUGCAAUAAAUCAUAUGUUGGCCAAACAUUUCGGCAUCUAAAAACAAGAGUUCAUGAACAUAUAUUAGAUCAAAAAAAGUUCUUACCCCAAACUGUAAUCAUGUCUGCACAAAAAAAAAAGUAUUACUCAAAAACAAAUAAUUCACCAUAA